AUGAGUUGGGGACUGGUCUGGUUUCGCAACGACCUGCGAGUUCGGGAUCACGAAGCACUCUUAACAGCUUGUCUGGAGCAUGCCGGAAGAAUCAUCCCUGUCUAUGUCUUCGAUAAACGGCAGGUUGGCCCACACGCCCGAACUAGACUGGGCCAGUUCAGCAAGUGCUCGACGCCCCGUGCACAGUUCCUUGUAGAGGCCGUUCAGGACUUGGCAAACACGCUACGGACGCACUAUCGUGGCAUGCAACUGCUCGUAUACAAAAACGCUCUUCCAGAAAACGUCAUUCCGAAACUCAUCGCUGAGCUCUCAACGGAAAAGCAGGUUCACGUCGGGGCCGUCUACUAUCACCGCGAGGUCUGCAGCGAAGAGCGCGCCGUGGAGGACGCCCUGCGAGCCGCUCUGUGCGCCCUCAACCAACGAGGCGAGCUUCCUGCGGUCACACUGCGGGCGCUGGACGGAAGCAGCACCCUCUAUCACGCCGAUGAUCUACCGUCAGGAGCGUCCGUGGGGAACAUGCCGCCAGUUUUCACCAGCUGGCGCAAACUCGUCGAGAAAGGCGCUCGUAUCCGAGCACCGUUGCCCAUGCCGGAUCCCGCGAAGGUGCAGCCGCUGCCCCUCUCGCUGGGCUGUGACCCCAUACCGACCUGUGCUCGCGAAGUGAUCGGGGAUAACUGCGAACAAGCACGCUUACGGCAUCGUGUACCCUGGACGUUGCCCGAUGAUGCCACGAGUCGAGUGGAUCCACGACAUGCCUGUCCGUUUCGGGGCGGAGAGUCGGCUGCACAGGAACGUGUACAGGCGUACACCUUCGGAACCGACGCCAUUGCUCGCUACAAAGCUACUCGCAACGGACUCCUUGGAACCGAGUAUUCCACGAAAUGGUCGCCGUACCUGGCGCUGGGGAACGUCACACCGCGGCAGCUGUACGCCGUACUUCGUCGUUACGAAACAGAGCGACCAGAGAAGAAGGGUAUCUCAACCUAUUGGGUCCUGUUUGAGCUCGAAUGGCGGGAUUUCUUUCGCUUCACUGCAAUGCGAUACGGGAAUGCCCUAUUUUGGCGACGGGGUCUGCAGGCGGUGCUUCGGGGCGACCCGCAGGUCGCUGGGCCCUCGAAAACAUGGCGGCAGGAUGCGGUGCUCCUCGAUCGCUGGCAGACCGGUAUGACAGGCUUCCCGCUGGUUGACGCCAAUCAGCGAGAGCUCCUGGCGACCGGCUGGAUGUCGAAUCGGGGUCGCCAGAACGUGGCGAGUUUUCUUACCAAAGACCUUGAAAUAGACUGGCGCCUUGGUGCCGAGUGGUUUGAGUCCCUCCUCCUCGACUAUGACGCGUGCUCGAACUACGGCAACUGGCAGUACGCUGCGGGUGUGGGCCUCGAUCCCCGUGCCGAUCGUCAUUUUGAUGUGAUCCGUCAGGCCCGCAUGUACGAUCCCGAAGGACACUAUAUGCGACGAUGGUUACCGGAGUUGGAGUCAUGCACCGAUUGGUCGCAAGUUCUUCAUCUGCACGAGCACUAUCCGGAGUAUCCGGCACCAGUCGUGCGCCAUCUGCACGGCGGGCGCAAGAACCUCGACGAUGCUGCGAAUGCACCCAAAUGCUCUGUCCGCGGCACCAAGUCGGGGUCUCGCGGGAGACGGCAAACCAAACAGACGGGGAAACCACAUCGGGAACCGGGUUGGAUGCGUCAAGCGCAUACCGGAGCUGUGGACAUCCUCGAUAACCGAGACGGGAGCGCGGCGCUCGAACAAAACCGGCAGACGGUGCUCGAUGCAUACCUUCGAUCCCAGAAGCGGUAA